AUGUCAAAAUUUCCCUCCAAUGAAAUAACUUUAUACAUACCAGGCCCACCGAAACCGCGGCCGCAUCCACGCUCAAAUACUUCUUCAAUGACGACGCCUGUAGCAACAGCAACCUCUGUGGCAGAAACCAAAGGUAAUUCACUCAGGACUCCUCUUCUAUCUGAACGUCAAAAACUACAACAACCACCACCACCACAUUCACCCUCGAUAGUCAUAGAGGAAUGGCGAAAACUAAAGAGUAGCCAAUGCAAUAAGACACCUAUAUAUAAAAAAAAUGGAAUUGAGACAAAUUCACUUAAUCAUGAAAAUCGAUUUGCUUCGUCGUCAGGAAACCACAAACUCAAAUGGAAUUCGACACCAAUGAAUUAUCUAAAAUCCGUAAAUUUGAAUAACACUGGACAAGUUUCACCGAAAUCAAUAUUAUUUAAUCAGACAGCCAUCAAGGCUAUGUACAAGAACUUUUACAAGCAGUCAUUGAAAACUUCUGGAUUCUUUAUCGCAAGAACUUGCUCUGAUGAGACUGGAAACAAUGAUAAUGAAUUAGUUGUGGAUCGGUUUGAUGCCGGGCGAAAAAUUAAGAUAUGUGGUGAUGAUCAAGAGAUUACAGAGCAUCUUCAGCCUACUAUUUUGAUGGAUGGGGAUGUUGCGAUUAAGGCUUUUAAAUUAGAAUCAUCAUUUGAGUCAAGACAAAAUAAUGAUUAUUCUUUUCAAACGGAACAUUUUGAGCGUGCUUUGGAUGAUCUUCGAAUAGAGCUUUUAUUAGAGGAUAAAAGAGUACCUUUUAACACUAACAAGUGGUUAAGCAGCAAACUAGUAGCAAGUUGUAUUUAUGAUACACAAAAUGGUUCACUGACGAUAAUUUGUCACGAUUUAAGGAUUGUCAAUACACAAUUGAUAUUGACACAAGUUACCGGGUUUAAUGAUAAUUUAACAUCAAGACAGACUCUAUCCCUACCAUCUAAAUCCUCUAACAGCAGUGGGAUCUGGUGGUUGAAUUCAAGCGCUGAUGACCAAAUUUCAUUUUCUACUAUUUCUUCCGUUAAAUAUUUAAAGACGUCAUCAUCUAUAACUGAUGGAAUUUGGAUAAAAACGGGAAUCGAUGAAUUUACGAUAUCGAAUUGUUGUCUUCAACAUAUUUUAAGAAAUUUUGGCGAUUCUAUUUUUGAUGUGUCUUUGGGCUCUACAACUAUUCCCAUGAAAAAUAUUGAAUCAUCAUUGUCAACGGGGAUCCCUUCACCGGCAUGGCCAUUAAAAUUAAUACAAAUUAAUCCGAUUGCGGAUAUUAAUUUCAUAAAUGCAAUGAAUAAAGUAUUCAAUGGUCCUAUCAUGCUGAUGAAUCCAGUUGUUAAUGCCCUUGAAGAGACAUUAGGCGCACUGGAUAUGCGACUUCAAAAUUCAGAUCAAGCAAAAAAAUCGGAUACAAAAGCGUCUUUUUCAUUAUCGCAGAAACAACAAUCAGCACCAACAUUAAAAGUGAGAACACCAGAGAUAAUACAACAAAUGAUUUUUGUGCAUCAACAGAAAUGUUUGGAUUUUUUGCAGCAACAAAUGGAAAUUCUUCAGGGACAAAUUUUUGGUGUGCUACUUUCCUCAAAUGAUGCUUCUACUGCGCAAAUCGAAACAUCGUCAAUAAUGGCUACCGCUUCAAAUACUCGAAUAUUUACUCGUCAUCAUCAUCAACAAGAACAACAUGCGAAUAACCACAACCAUGAUGCUGAUCCGAAGAUAUACAGCGAAGUUACUAGCCAACAACAAAGACCCAGAACCAUUGAAGACUUGAUGAUGAUGAUGACGAAUAAUAGCAAAGAUAAGAAUGUCAAUAAUGGACCAUCACCGUGUUACGGUGUCGAACCAAAAAUGAUAUUAACGGCACCAAGCUGUCAACAUAUAAGAAAUAAUAACGCCUACAGGGGAGAUGAUAGAAAUGAACAGAAUUUUAAAGAGCUUAUUGGGAAAUUU